AUCCUGAGGCUGCGGCGGAUCCUGAGGCUGCGGCGGAUCCUGAGGCUGCGGCGGAUCCUGAGGCUGCGGCCCCGGGAAGGGGGGUGGGCACGGGCUGCGCCUCCCCGCUUGGCAAAGCUUAGUCCGCUUCGCAGCCUCCACGGCGGCCGCCCAGCCCCUGUAGCCUCACGGCGCUGCUGGGACGGGGGGGAUGCCGGGCUCGGCUUGGCCUCAGAGCCCGGGCUAGGGCUCAGACCCUCGGCGGGUUGCGUUGACUGCGCCAGGCUAGGGCUUCCCAGGGAAAGCAGCGCCCUACCAGGGCUCCCGGCCAGAUGGACAUUGGACUGCCAAAGGAGGUGGUGGAGUCACUGUCCCUGAAGGUGUUUAAGGAAAGACUGGACACUCGGUGCCAUGGUUGUUGUGUUUUGCCUUUGCCAGCCGGCUGCUGCCAUGGAUAUACCAGUCUUCAUACUUGCGGGGCUCCUUGUGCAUUGUGUGUUCUUGGUCUCCAUUUUUGACAUCUACUUCAGCUCUCCCCUCGUCCAUGGCAUGAGCCCUCAGCAGACUCCGCUGCCCCCUCCAGCAAAGCGUCUCGUGCUUUUCGUUGCCGAUGGUCUGCGAGCAGAUUCUCUGUACGAGCUGGACGGCAGCGGCACGCCCCGGGCACCGUACCUGCGGGGUAUUUUAGAGAAUAAUGGCAGCUGGGGAAUCUCUCACACCCGGGUCCCAACAGAAUCCAGGCCGGGGCACGUUGCACUUAUUGCUGGAUUUUAUGAAGAUGUCAGUGCAGUUGCUAAAGGAUGGAAGGAGAAUCCAGUGGAAUUUGACUCUGUUUUCAAUGAAAGUAAAUAUACCUGGAGCUGGGGAAGCCCAGAUAUUUUGCCAAUGUUUGCAAAAGGUGCUACUGGAGAUCAUGUUUAUACAUUUUGUUAUGCAGCAGAAAGUGAAGAUUUUGGAGCAGAAGAUGCAGCCAAGCUCGACACAUGGGUUUUUGACCAUGUUAAGAGCUUCUUUAAUUCUUCCAGAAGCAAUCAAACAUUGUUCUCUGCACUGAAUGAAGAGAAAGUGGUUCUGUUCCUGCAUUUGCUAGGCAUAGACACCAAUGGACAUGCUCAUCGGCCAAACUCAAGGGAAUACCACGAGAAUAUUAAACAAGUUGAUGAGGGUGUGAAAGAAAUUGCUUCACUGAUUGACAAUUUCUAUGGAAAUGAUGGAAAGACUGCAUUUAUUUUAACUUCUGACCAUGGAAUGACAGAUUGGGGAUCCCAUGGAGCUGGUCAUCCCUCAGAAACUUUGACACCACUGAUUGUUUGGGGUGCUGGGAUAAAUUAUCCACAGAAAGUUACAUCCCAGUUCUUUGAAGACAAUUUUUUGAAAGAAUGGAGACUGGAGAACUUGAAGAGGAUUGAUGUCAAUCAGGCUGAUAUAGCACCACUGAUGGCUUCCCUUAUUGGUGUGCCUUUCCCCCUGAACUCUGUGGGAACUCUGCCUCUGGAGUAUCUGAACAGUAGUGCCCUUUUCAAAGCAGAGAGUAUGUUCACCAAUGCUGUUCAGAUUCUUGAGCAAUUUAAGGUUAAGAUGAGUCAGAAAAAGGAAACUACAUUGUCAUUUCUGUUCACACCAUUCAAACCACUUUCUGCUUCUGAACAGAUCAACUUUUUAAAAAAAAUAAGACUAUAUAUUCAGCAGCAGAAGUACGAUGAAGCGGUAUCCCUGUGCAAAACCCUGAUUAACCUUGCUUUGGAAGGCUUGUCUUACUACCACACCUAUGAUAGAUUAUUCCUGGGUCUAAGCAUUGCCAUGGGCUUUGUGGGCUGGACGACUUACGUGAUUUUGGUCAUUAUCAAGGCCCAUACCAAUUUGAUCAAGGCUGUCCCAAGUAAUAAAAAGAAAUCUACCGUUCUCCUCUAUGUUUUUGCUGCUGCUGGAAUGAUAAUAGCUUUUUUCCUGUUGAUUCAAACAUGUCCUUGGACAUACUAUGUAUACUGUCUCUUGCCAGUGCCAGUAUGGUAUGCAGUUGUGAAAGAAAUUCCUGUCAUUCAAGACCUUGCCACAAAUGUUUUGUCACUUCAUAUUGGUCAAUCUAUAGGAUUCCUCUUGGUUUGUAUACUGGGAAUUGAAAUACUAGUCUUCAGCUUUUUCUACCGCUCUGCACUUACUGUUGGCCUUCUUGUCUUUGCUGGCUGGCCAGUGAUCACACAGCUGUGGGGUCAAGCUAAGACGAAAGCAAUGAUCUGGACUCUCCUAUGUGUGCUCCUGGCAAUAUUUCCAUUAAUGCCUGUUGUAGGAAGAGAACCAAACAUUCCUCUGGUAAUAGCAGCUGGUUUGCUGACCCUCUUGAUAUCUUUCUUCUCGUUGGCUUCUCUUUGUAAAAGUGAAAAUAAGUACAGAGAUGAUGAAGAUCUGAAAGUAUAUUUUUAUCAGAUGUUCAGUGUUGCACUUUCGACAUAUGUUGUGAGCAGUACCCAUAACAGUCUUAAGAUCAAACAGGGAUUACCUGUAAUGAAUCAAGUUAUUAGCUGGAUGACACUAGUUUCUUCCCCAGUGUUGCUGCUACUGAGCCCCACGUUUCUCUUUGAGAGACUGUUUAGCAUACUGCUCUCCCUGAUGUCCACCUACCUGCUGCUCAGCACAGGAUAUGAAGCUCUCUUUCCACUGGCACUGUUUGGUUUGAUGUUUCUGUGGAUAAAUAUGGAACAAGAAGCACUGCAGCACUAUGGUCUUUCACUCAAGCCAAAGCUUGCUGUUUUCAACUUCACCUGUGCUGUGGAUAUAACUCAGUUUCGACAGCUCCACCUGGACGAUGUCCGGAGGUCCUUCUUCUUUGUUUUCUUCAUAGUGACAGCCUUUUUUGGCACUGGAAACAUAGCUUCUAUUAACAGUUUUGAUCCUGCUUCUGUCUAUUGUUUCUUGACUGUGUUCAGUCCCUUCAUGAUGGGAGGCUUGCUUUUACUGAAGGUUGCAAUCCCAUUUGUUCUGGUAUCAUGUGCUUUCGAAGCUGUUCAAGUCACAACACAGCUGUCUUCUAAGAGCCUUUUCCUCAUUGUUCUUGUGAUUUCAGACAUUAUGGCUUUGCAUUUUUUCUUUUUGGUUAAAGAUUAUGGAAGCUGGCUGGAUAUUGGCACAAGAGCUGAUUUCUAUUGUAUGUCCAAUGAUACCACGGUGCUACAGUCGCUCUUGGUGACUCUUCCCUGCACUAAUGGCAUGUUGGCAGCUGAUUGAGGGCCUCAAACUGCUGUUAAAAGACCCAGUGGUGGCAGUGCUUGCAGGACUUCAGAAGAUGCUUUGAUGUUGCUACCACAGAGUGCUGGACUGUAAUGCCAUUGAUCUCAUCGGGAUGGCUCACCUGUAGUCACUGCUCUGAUCUGAAUGCUUCACAGUAUUCCCUUAUUCCACUUGUAAAAAUUUCUUUGCAAUGAAGAGGCCUGAGUAGCACUUGCAGAAGGGCAUUUUAUGUGGAUAUUUGUUUUCUAUAAGUAUGUAAAGAGAUAUCCAUCUAGAUGUGUAAUAAACACCCCAUAA